CUUUUUAUUUGGUAAUUAGUCAGUCAAUCAGUCAUACAAAAUUAGUAUCCUUUGUCUUGUUUACUAAUUCAAUGUUAAUUUGAUCUGGUUUUUUUUUUAUCCCUAUCCGUCCCUUCUUUGUUCAGCCUUUAUUUGGGUGGAAUAUUUGAGCUUAUUGCUCCCUAGUUCUAUUGAAGAAUUAAAAAAAAUGUUUUGGUUUUGGAUUUUAUUAUGUUUGUCCAUGUUGUAGAGGACUGCAGAAUUUCCUGAUUCAAAGUUAUUAGACUAAGGGUUAAAAGAGGGAAAAAUACAACACUAGACGUUUAUUUGCACCGUGUUUGGAACCAAUCACAUGUUAAAUUGAAUGCAGUUUAGAUUUGCAUGUAAUGGGAAAUUAAUGUUUUUAUGUAGAUCUCAUUCGUGUUUGGUUUUAUCCUUUCCUUAUUCGAGGUAGGGCACGCAAAUCGUAUAUAAAUAGACUGUUUAUAGAUUUAAAUAUCAAUUCUCCUCCAAGAACCUAAAAUAAAGGUCCAGAUAUUAAUUCUUCAGCCGCAAGCACAAAACUUGAUCUUCAUCCUCCAUCUUUUAAUAGGUCAAAGAACCCAUGUCUGAUGUUUUGAAAAAUGGAUCUGAAGUUAAGCUUCAAAGGAAUGCAUUGAGCGUACUGGAACAUCCUACAGGGAAUGAAGUGGAUGAUGAUAACGAUUUUGAUACCAGCAGUGGCUCUGACAUUGGUGAACAUGAUUUCUACAGGGGCAGUGAGUUCCAUAAAAUUAGCAAGCCAAGGGUUCGACCAACCAGGCCAUGGGUUCCAUCUGCGCCUGUAAAGUCAACAAAUCGGAACAGUUACAGAGAUGUUCAAUCUAUUAUUCACACACCCCUGCCGACGGUGAACUUAGCAAGACUAGGAACUGAUUCACUGCGGAGAUAUUGCAAAGAAUUCAAACUUCCGGGUGUGAACUCCGAGUCAUCAAGGGAACGGAUACUUAAUGCUGCCCAAAUUCAUUUUCCAUCACAGCGACCAUUGAACGAGGUGCAAGUGGUAGCGGAAUUCACCCGUGUGGCAAAGAGACUGAAAGAGAAGGACGGCCCCUCUGAUUGAAAUUCCUGAAUUCACAAGGCCUUGUAUAAUAAUAUAUAUAUUAUUAACCCUAACCUUUAGCCCAUGUCCUAAUUAUAUACUGAUAUGUGAGAGUGGUUAAUUGGAAGACCUUAUUCUUUCCCCCCCGGAUUCUAACCAUGUAAAAUGGCAGACCCCCUAGUUAAUUCCGCUAGAUGUUUCGAGGUCCGUUAUUUAGAAUUGCUUCCCUUAGUUGAUCAUAGAAGAUGUGGAUGAUGUAGAUCUGCGGAGAGGAGAUUCACCCUCUUGGGAUAGAUCAUGUCUCUGAUUGUAGAGCUGUUGAAUUGUUGGGCUUCAAAGUAAUCAAAUCAAGAAGGAUCAAGUUGCCAGAAAUAGUGAAUCCAGGGUCUGAAAUUAAUAAAUCAAAGGUUGGAAAAGGGGCAAGAAUAGACAUGAACGUUGAGUUUUAUUCUUUCGGAUCAUUCUAAAGUUCCAUGAAGAAUAGACAGGUUUCCCAGAGGAUAUUUCUUGGUUCACAGGAAACCAAACAGAUCAGUGGGAGGGGCAGGAGAAGCAGCUCCUCAAUCAUGUAAAGGUUUCCCAGAGGAUUCCAGGCUGGAAAUCGAGUCACGAGAUCUUUUGCCACGGUAGGGAAUAUGAUGUAGACUUGAAGGUUAAUUGGUUAUGGAUGGAUGUCAUUGAGAACGAUGGGUGUACCAAAUAUAAGCCCGCCAAUGACUUGCUCCCCUUUUCCUUUUUCUAGGGGGUCUGAACUUCCUAUUUGAUGCCGCUGCUCCAUUAUUAUUCUCUUGGCUUUAUAAAGUCCACAAACUUGUGACCCCAUUUUUACUCAUCAUAAUACCAGCUCAGUCAUUCACAUCUUACUGUUCA